UCAGGAGCAGUGGCUUACGGUGCAGACAUGGCCAAGUCCAAGAACCAUACCACAUACAACCAGUCCCGAAAAUGGCACAGAAAUGGCAUCAAGAAACCCCGAUCACAAAGAUACGAGUCUCUUAAGGGGAUGGACCCCAAGUUCCUGAGGAACAUGCGCUUUGCCAAGAAGCACAACAAGAAGGGCCUGAAGAAGAUGCAAGCCAACAACGCCAGUGCCAUGAGUGCAUGUGCUGAGGCUAUCAAGCCCCUCGUAAAGCCCAAGGAGGUUAAACCUAAGAUCCCAAAGGGUCCUGGCUGCAAGCUUACUCAACUUGCAUACAUUGCCCACCCCAAUCUUGGGAAGCGUAUUUGUGCCUGUAUUGCCAAGGGCCGCAGGCUCUGCCGGCCAAAGGCCAAGGAUCAAACUAAGGCCCCGGCCGCAGCUUCACCUGCAACUCCAGCUUCAGUUCCAGCUCCUGCUCAGACUCCCAAAGGUGCCCAGAUCCCCACAAAAGCUCCAGAGUAG